GCAGUCCUAGUAUUGAGUUGCGAUGUGUAGUGCAGCGCAGUGCAGCAGCAGCGGCCGGAGCAGUAGUGAAGGUGCUGGGGGUGGGGGGGAUUGAUUGGAUUCAGGAAGGGGAGACCCAUGGAUUUUUGGGUCUGAGGCAGGAAUUCAGAGUUGGGUCAGCAGGAAGAAUUAUUUGAUGGUGGCAGCACCAAGUAGCCCAUUCUUCUGCACUGUUCCCCAUCCUUUUGCUCCUGUCUUCCUCCAUCAUGCUGUAGCUGCCAGCUAUCCUUUGCCUCCUCAAUGACUGCCUGGAUUAUUCUUCCUGUCAGCCUGUCUGCCUUUUCCAUCACAGGAAUAUGGAUUGUGUAUGCUAUGGCUGUGAUGAACCAUCAUGUUUGUCCAGUAGAGAACUGGUCUUAUAAUGUGACUUGUUCUGAGGAUACCUCUAAACGUGGAUUCCCAAAAAGCUGUUGUACAAUCCAGGAUAUACCUCUCAUUAGCAAGUGUGGCUCAUUUCCUCCAGAAAGCUGUCUCUUCAGUCUAAUUGGAAAUGUUGGAGCAUUCAUGGUGGUCAUGGUCUGUAUGCUUCGAUAUGCUCAGGUCAUUGAAAGAAGUCGCCGCUCCUGGAUAAACACUAUGGGGCUGAUUACUGGCUGCACCAACGCUCUUGGGUUGGUAAUGGUUGGCAACUUUCAGGUGGACCAUGCCAAGUCUCUACAUUACAUUGGAGCAGGAGUUGCCUUUCCAGCUGGACUGCUGUUUGUAGGCCUGCAGUGUGUGCUUACUUAUCGUAUUGCCAUGACGGCUCUGGACUACUGGAUGGCACAUCUGCGUGUUGCUCUCACCAUUGUGGCCUUAUUUUCAUUGGUUCUAAGUGGCAUCUUUUUCAUUCAUGAAAGCUUCCUGCUCCAGCAUGCUGCUGCCGUAUGCGAAUGGAUCUUCACUGUUGACAUCCUGGUAUUCUAUGGGACUUUUACUUACGAGUUUGGUGCUGUCACCAAUGAUACAAUGGUAAUUGGACUGCAGCACCGAGGGCCAGUGAGUGCCAGCAAGGCCUGCAAAUCUCCAGGGAGUAGUAGUACCUCAACACAACUCAACUGCAACCCAGAGAGUAUUGCCAUGUUAUAAUUGCCAUGUAGAAGAAAGACUGUCAUAGGCAACAAACUUGGGCAUAUCCUAAAACGCCUUUCAAAGUUAAUAAUUGAGAGGUAGCUGGGAUGUAGAUGCAUAGGCUUCUGUCUUUCAGAGAAGUUAGAUGGGAGCCCAUCAAGAGCUGUGUGUGUGUAUUUUUUUUUUCUUCUUUUUGAAAGCCAGGGGGUAUGAUAACUGUGCAACUCUAGGAGGCCAAUGUAUUUCUUCAAGUGGUAGAUGCAGUAGACAAAAGAAAUUUACUUUUCUACCUACUGGAGUUUGACCUGAUAUUUACUUAUGAUUGCUAUGGAUUAAUUAAUGGGUGUAGGGUUUUUAUAGCAGGUCUUUCUCACAACCAACAUGUUUUUCACGUUUCUAGCAAUCACACCUAGAAUGGGUUUGGCUUUGUUGUGGGAUUUUAGUGGGUACUUUUAGCUUUUUUUUUAAUUUUGUUUUAAUCAGGAGACUCAUGCUUUAAAAAGGGCUCUAUGUUACAAAUAACUUUUUGGCAUCAUUUAUUACUUUUUUAGCAAUAAACACAUCAUCCCCCCACAUCCCAAAAAAGAAUAAUUGGUGCUGAAGAUACUUCCCUUAUGUUUGGUUUUAGAAACUUUAUGUUGGCUAUUAAUAUUCUUAUGUCUAAGGAGUGGCAUAAGACAGACCAGCCCAGGUUAUAGACAAUCAUAGUUGGGCCUUUAUUUAGAAACCAUUUAGGAUCUUUAUAUUAGCGAUGAGUUUGCACAUGAAAACAUCCUAUAUUUCUUUUAAUUAAUCAAAAAAGCAGAUGCAGCUGUGGCUCAGACCUUAGCGCAAUUGCUUGGUAUGCAAGGCCAUAUAAAUUAUUUGUUUUAGCAAUGUAGACCAGUCCUGGGACAAAUACAAAUGAGUAUUGUUUUCAAGUUUAGGAUUAAAAAUUAUGCUUUGUAUGGUUGCAGCAUUUAAAUAUGUUUUUUUAGUUAUGAAUGUUCAAAUGUUCAUUUUAUUCAGUUGCUUGAGCAUGCAUAACUUUUUUUUCUUAAUGAAUUCACUAUUUUAGCCUUUUUUUCACUAAUGCAAAAUAACGCAUCAUGAGGUACCUCACGUUUUACCCUCUUCUAUGUUAAGUAUUCUAAGCUGAACAUUGGUCUUUUUUCACCAUAAGAGUCGGUUCUACUCUGAGAAUCUCCAAGAAGAUCAAUAACAUAUAGGCACACUCAAAGUUAGGGAGUUAUUUUACAAGUUCACAUAGUGUUGAAAUAUACCAAAUCAACUCCAGCAAUCCUCAGUUAAAUUCAAAUAACUUGAACAAGAAAAUACCAUCUUGCUUCAUUUAAACUACAAAUAUAAAGAAGCCUUUUUUGUUUGAGAUUUUUAUUUUAUGUUGAUGUCUUCAAAAAAAAUUUUUUUUGUAACUUGCCGUAGCUGAAAGCUGUAAAGGCAUUUUUGCUAAAUAAACACAUUCAUUUUGUUUACUUAAAAGACUCUUGUGCCAGGUAAAGAAUUGCCAUAAAAGGAUGUUUCUGUGACUAUAUUUUACAUGAUAUACUUGGAAUGUGUUUACACAUAUUCAGCCUUUGCAAUAAAUGUUAUCAUAUUUAUUACUACUAUUGAUAUUUAAAAAAUGUAACAAAGUGAGUUAUUUACUAGUACAGAGUAAAUUAUGUCAUCUGUACCAAUUAUUAUUAUUACUUUUUUUUUUAGUGCUGUUAAAAGUAAGUUCACCUCAUGAAAACGAGUGUGUUCUUCAAAAUAUUUACCUAUACAGUGGGGGAAAUAAUUAUUUGAUCUCCUGCUGAAUUUGUAAGUUUGCUCACUUACAAAAAAAUGAACAGUCUCUAAUUUUUAUGGUAGUUUCAUUUUAAUGGAGAGAGAGACAGAAAAUCAACCAAACAUCCAUAAAAACACAUUACAUAAGUUAUAAAUUGAUUUGCAUGCCAUUGAGAGAGACAAGUAUUUGAUCCCAUACAACCCUACUAGAGUUCUGGCUCCCACAGAUUGGCUGUGUGCCCAUGUGGCACACUGAUUGCAAUCAAUCAAUCAAUUACAUGUACUUCUGAUCUCAACUUAUGUGUAUAAAGCACACCAAUUUCUACCAUUCCAACCUCUCCACCACCAUGGGCAAGACAAAGAGCUGUCAAAGAACGUUAGGGACAGGAUUAUAGACCUGCACAAGGCUGGAAUGGGCUACAAGACCAUCAGCAAGAAGCUUGGUGAGAAGGUGACAACUGUUUAUUCGGAAAAUGGAAGAAAUAUAACAUGACCAUUGAUCACCUUUGGCCAUAAAAAUUAAAGACUGAUCAUUUCUUUGUAAGUGAGCAAACUUACAAAUUCAGCAGGGGAUCAAAUAAUUAUUUCCCCCACCAUAUGCAUAUUUGUUCUUCAAAUGAACAUUAUAUAUGGAUAAAGGUGAUUUUACGAAUAACAAUGAAUAUUAUUUUUUCCAUUCAUUAAAUAAGUCAGAAAUGCAUUUGUCUCCUUUGGAGAAAAAAUACGUACACCCGUAGCUUUAACAGUUGGUGCUACCCACUUUAGCAGAAAUAAGUUCUUGUAGGCAUUUAUUGUAAUUCUCAAUCUUCUGCAUCAGCUACAAUAAUUUUGUCCACAUGUCCAUACAGAAGUCCUUCAAAUGUAUGAUGUUUUAAGUCUUUCUUGCAUGUACUACCCACUUCAAGUUCCUCCACAGAAUUUCAGUGGUAUUGAAAUCUGUACUUUGACUCGAGCUUUUCAUAACCCUCCAUUUAUUGUGUUUGAGCCAUUAUUUGGUAGAUUUGGUUUGGGCCAUUGUUUGGUUGCAGCGUACACUUCAUCUUUUUGACAGAUGACCUCACCUUCUCCUUGUGUAUUCUGGGGGGCAAUGCAUAAUGACUUUAUGAUGUAAAGUUGGCCAGGCCCUAAGGCAGAUAAGCAGGCUCAAACCAUAAUACUUAAACCAUCUUGGUGUACAGCUGGUCAAACGUUCAUCUAGUCAAAGGCAGGUGUGACCAAACGUGACAUGUGGCAUUGUGGCCAAGUGGCUCUACUGUUGUGUCAUCUGUCCAGAGCACAAUGAAUUUCAAACUUCAGCCUUCUAUCAGUAUUUGUUUUUGGAAACCAAAUGCUUUUUUUCCAUUGUCACCUUGCAUGGAGGGCAUGGUGCAGUCUCCUUCAAAUGUUUCAGUCAUGCAUUUUGUAAUGAAAUCUGUCAAGGAUUGCUAUAAAUCCUUUGAUGCUAUGUCCAUAGCAACUGCUGAUUUCUUGGGCAUAAUUUGGUAGGAUGAAGUGGCUUAGUGCUUUGAAAUUUUCUCCAUUUGUAGAUUUUUAUUUUAAUAUUGAAGUGGUUAACUAGUAAUUGCUUGUAAAUGGCUUUAGCAGUGUGAUGUAAUGGUUAACACUUCAAACCCUGAGGCUGUAGGUUCAGUUCCCACUACUUACACUGUGUAAUGAUGAGCAAGUUGCUUCACUUUUCUGUGUUCCAAUUGAAAAAAGCAAAAAGGGGGGGAUAAAAAUAUAUUUCAGAUGUUGAAAGCCACCUUGGGUAAAGGAUUCAUCCUAAUCAUAAGUAAUAGUAGAAUGUUUUCAAUUGAUAUUAACAGACUUUCUUCUAAGAAUCUCAGAGAGGUGUCUUGCUCUUGGCAUGAUGUAGCCUCAAUUGCUCAGACCAAAGUACACCACAGGUUUCUGAUGUUUCCAGGUUACUCUCUAAUAAUAAUCUAAUAAUUUGUACCUGAUUGGGAACACCGGACUGUAAAUGUACAGUAUGCAUUUCGUACAGUAAAAAUGGACGGGUUGUACUAUUUUUUUCACAAGGGAAUUGCAUUUCUGUUGGUUUAAGUGGAACAAAUACGUGAAAUAUGUGAUGUUUUAAUGUUAUUUUUUUAAAAUGAUUUCCUUUAUUAAGUAUUAUUGAAAUGAUGAUCAAAUACAAAUUGUGUCCAAAUAUUUAAAAACAGACUUUUUCAUGGGGUCUACUUUUUAACACCACUGUGUAUAAACUUAAGUCUGUUGUACGUAUUAGGAGUUAACUUAAAAAAACAGUUAACCAGAAUUCAGUUAAAAGACCUUUGUUAACAUCUUUACCAAUUUAGAAUAUUGAAAUGAAUUCAUAUAUUUAAGUUUAGUAUUAUCAGCAUAUUAUUUUGUAGUCUUAAGUAUUCUUGCUCCUUCUAAAACUGUUUUAAACUAACUUUUCAUUAGUUUAGCAAAAGAAAGUUUGUUUAAAAUAGUGUAACUUGCAAAAGAAAUGUAAAUAAGCUUUGAUAGUACUUGAAGAAGAAUCCCCACAUUUUUCCAUGAUUUAAUAGCGAAAAGUUGUAUUUCCUGUACGAGCUUUGGGGGGAAAAAACUUGAGGAAUGAAACAGCACAGCUAUUUCCGGAAAAGACCCAUGAUGUCAUUGGUUUAGUAUUGAUCCAACUGAAGAACUCAAAAUCACAAGAAUCAAUGCGGCCGCGUAUGCUAUAUUGCUAUACUUUUAGGCAUAUGGCUAGCCCGUCCCUGAUUGCCACCUUGAUUCUUUGGAUAUAUUGAACCAGUCCCCUCUUUCUUGUGUUUGGUACUGCUUCAUCAUUUUUACACCAAAACUUUUUCAUAGCAUCAUACGCUAUUAAAACCCAGAAAAAUUGACUAGUACCCCUUAACACUAUUUAUAAAUAUUUCUAUGUACAGAUCAGCUACACAUCUGAUGAAGGCCAUACAGAUGAAAUGGUAUCUCUUACCUUCUUUCCUUCUCGGCAUGGACAAAACUUUUUACCUUUUUCCAAAUGUAUGAAUAUAUGCAUAUACAUGUAUUUUUGUGUGUAUGCAAUAUUUUUUUUUUAUACAAAUAGUUUUUUACUGCCAAAAAGUGAUUUUACAUUUUUAGUACAUGUAAGUAUUCAGAACGUUCGGAAAAUCUAACAUAUUUGGCUGAAGUAUAUUGCUGUGUAUUUGAUAAUUCAAGACAUUAUCUUAAAAAAAAAAUACAAUAUUCUAUUUUCUAUUUCCAUAUGACAUUUUAUUGUAUAAAGAAUAUGUUUAAAUUGAAAUCACUUGUAAGUUAUUCUUGUAAUUUUUCUGGCAAAAAAUAAUUUUCUUUUGUGCAUUGUGCAAUCCUGAUUAAAUCUUGAUAGAAAAUGCAGAAAGUCUGCUAAUUUAUUACCUUUAGAUAUUUAGGUUUUUCCAUGUUGUAUUUCUUCUUAGUUCAAUAUAUUUAAGCUAAAACAUGAAUAUUUAACAUUUUAAUCAUUUUUGAAUCAUUAACACAUACUUUACAUUUUAAUGUUUACAUUAUUACAUAAUACAUAAUUAAGAAGCUAUUGUUAAGUUUGUCAUACAUUUUAAAAUGCAGUUGCAGUACACUUUCAUAUGUAUCACUACAUCAAAUGCAAAGCACAGAUAAUGCAGAGCAGUUGCCUGUGCAGGUAAACUCUCACUCGGUAGAAGUUAUUUUCAGUUAACAAUCCUCUUCAAUGAGCAGUCCAGUUUUAAACAUUUUUAGGAACAUUUUUUAUAUGCCUUUCCACCUAACAUGUUGUAUAAUUAAAUUGAAACAUUACAUUUGAAGUAAAUAUCAAUUUUUCCCCCAAAUGUUUCUAUAUUAUAUAUGAAUAUUAUCAUAUAGUUAAAAAAUUAUUUAACGUGUAGUUUUCAGUAUGCUUUAAAAGGAGAGCUCUUGAAAUUGUGAAUAUAAAUGUUUGCACCCCCCAUUGUUUUGGGUGCUGUCAAGAGCUCACUUAAUAAAUUUUGCCUUCAGGCUUUAUUUUGAAAUUAGGUCUGUUAUCCUUGUUACAUAUAACUGUAUAUGUUUUAACAUCAUCAAUCUCUGUCUCUCUUUGUCUUUUUGAACUACUGUUGCUUAUGGAUGUUUGCUUACAACUUUCCUGGUUUAAGACAUGGCAGUGGUUUUUCCGUACAAUAAGCUACUUUUUUCUGACAUAGGAAAAUUAGGUGCAUCAUUGUUAUUGAGGUAAAAUCACUUAAUAUUUGCUCUGUAUUUGCUUCAUACUGAAUUGAAUGUAUGUCUGUGUUAACGUAUACUGUAACUACACACUGCUUAUUUAGGCUGUCUGUUCCUGUGUUUUGGAUGGUGUUCUGGGGCAGAGGUUAGUGUGACAUCAUAGUGCUUAGUCCUUCAUUUUUGUAUGUUCACCCACACCAUGUCUUAAUUGAUGACACUAAAUUCGGUUGCUGUAGGGUGGGGUAACUGCACUGCAAAGCAAAUUAAUAUUCCCUUCCCAAGUAAGUUAAUAAACACCGACGAUCAGGUGUAGAAAAGAAUAAAACAAACACAGCUUGCAGCACAGCCCCCUUUCAGCAAUCUUUUUUUUUUCUUCUUCUACUCUCUGGAUUGUCAGAUCACAUGUUAACACCCCGAUUAAAAAUGGAAGCAAAGACAUGUGUCUGCAAGACUUUGACUUUUCACUGUUAUUCAAGGGAAACCCUUACUUACUUGAAAUUAGCAAAUAAAUGCACGGGACAGAGGAGUUGUGCAUAGUUUCUUCAAAGAUAUGUCCAGUAUUUUUCAAUUCAAAGUUAUUUCUUCACAAGAAUGUUAUAUGCCACAUGAAUUUGUGUUUUAAAAAUAAGAUGUUUUCUAUAAAUUUUUAAAAAUACAUAAGACAGUUCUGGUGUUUUAUAAUGUAACCCAUGGGACACAGGGCACCACUGGAAAAUAAAGACUAAAAACUUACCAAAUAUGUCAUCUUUGAAAUGUCAAAACAUGCCUUUCAUGUUUCCAAUAGAUGUUUGUGAGAACAGAAACGAUUUGGAAAUAAUUACUUUAUCACAUAUUCCUAGUACCAUUUUUCUCAAGGUAAGGAUACAUUUUCUAUUCACUUGUAUUAUAUGAGUGGCCUUCUUGGGCGGAGGUCUCACAUAAAUUUUGAUAUAAAUCAACAAUUGGCAUUUACUGUUUUCUGUGAUUUUUGUCCUUUAAGUGGAAAUCUUGCUCAUGGGGGUGAAAGGUUCUUGUGAAAGAAGACAAACUCUGGUGGUCUUUUUAAAAUGACUGAAUCUCAUAAUAUUUAAUUUUUUUUUUCUUUGAAAAUGGUGUGUAUUAGCUGUUUUGCAAUAUGUUUUGAUGUGGAUCAAUGGUAGAAAACUUUAACUUUUAACAUUCUAAAAAUAAGCCAGGAGUGACUUAUGUUUUUUUUAUUAUUAUUAUUUAUUUAUAGAAAGUAUUUAACUUUAUAACACGUUUGCAUGAAAAUGCAUAUACACAAUUGUUCGUGAAGAAAUAACUUUGAAUUGGGAAAAAAAAACAAUUCUUACGAGUACAGAGACUUGGACAUAUUGUAUGAGAUAUACUGUACUUAAUGGUUGCUGUAGAGUUUAUAAUAUUAAGACUUUAAUGAAGCUGUAGUUUUAAGAGACAAAAUAUGCAGAGUGGCACAGGCAGCGGUUUGCAGAAGGCAUCCCAGCCUGGGCUUGUUAAAAUUUUUGUAAGGAUAGGGUCAGUUUCCUUGUAUUUCAACAGUGGACAAAUUAAUGUUAGUGUUAAAUGAUUUUUCUCUUUUAGUAACUAUUAUUUUAACUUUAAGGAGGUCUGUAGCUUUAUUUGUCCCAGGUUUGGUCAGACUUUAUUUCAGCAGUGUGGUCUUUGCCUGCAGCUUGUUUUCAAUGACAGGCAGUUGUCCUUUGCUAAAAUGUUCGUGUUGAUUUAGGGAGGUGACCUGUUCAGAGUUUGGAUUUAUUCUGUUUUGAUCUGGGAAAGGCACAACUAGAUAUUCAAUAGUCUUUAAAGACUACACAAGUCACAUUUACUGUAGGAAUUGAUUAGAAUUUAUUUUUUUCAAUGUUUCUUUUUAUAAAGACCAAUUACAAAAGUGUUUUCUGUCUGCACUUUCUCUAGAAUACAUGGAAGUAUGUGGCAAUUUUUUGACAUCAUUUCAGUGUUAAAUGAUGCUUUUCAGUCAGUGUUCAGAUAAUUGUAAUGUGUCUUAUGUUCUGGGCUGGUACCUAGUGAACUCAAAAUUUAAAAAUUGAAAUAGUAUAAUAGAAAUAAAAAAAGACAAGUAUUUAUAGUAGUGACACUGUUAUGUCAACCAAAGAAACAAUUUCUUUAAGCCUGUAUAUUCUCUUUUGAAUUUAUUUAUGCAGAGUAUGCGUGUCUUUUUCCCCAGUCUACAUUGAGCUGUUUUAUUUAUUUUUUUUGACACCUUAUGGCCAGUUUGAAAAGCUGCAGUAGGCUGACCUUCACAGAUUAUCUGAUAGUGAUACUUCUGGUGCUUUCUCUCCAUUCUGAUAUAAGAGGUUUCUGCUCCUGCACUUCUCUCUCUACAUCAUCUCCAGUCAACCUUCUGAGAUUUAUAGACAGUUCACAAGGGCACGUCACCCUUCUAAGCUGUCUGCCGACCCAAACUGCUUGGGACGCCCGUGAUGUGUUCUCAUUAAAAUAAAGCACUCUUGGACAUCUGUAUCUCCCACAGAGUGUGUAAUGUAAUGUUUUCCCUCACUGCUUUAUGUUCAGGAUGGAGGUCCUGUGUUCUUAGUCCAGAAAGAAGGCUUUGGGAGUGUUCCCUACAGGCAGUGUACACACAGCUGCUGUUGUCUCUGUCCUCCAGGUCCUUGACUUCGCAUUGCUUGCAUUCUCUUGAGCUUUGUAUCCACAUGCCCUGCUGGUAAGAAGCUUUGUAACUCCCUUUAGGAUAUCUGGGCUGGUUCCAGAAAGUGUGAAGCCAUGCCUCCUGCUCCGACUCCUCAGCAUUGCCUGAUGCUAAGUAGAAGAUGGGACCAUAAUACAUAAGGUGUACUUGCUAGUUUGCAUGUUAUGAUUGUUUUGGAGCCUGCCUUAGUACACUAAAGUGUCAUGGGUUAUUGCUGCCUUUUAAUAGAGUACAUUAUCAUUAGCUGACAUCUUCCACCUGCCGAUUUUUGCGUAGUACUCAUAUUAUUGACAGAUUAUCAGGAAAUAGUCUCCCUUUUAAAAUCAUUGUUCAACUUCUCAUCAUGUGCAGCACACUAUAGUUUCAUUUGACCACCACUGGCCUUAGUCAGAUGAAUGUUGUUUUGAUUUUUCUUCUGCUCCUAUGUGUAGCCUCUUCUUUUGCAACUGGUAUGGCAAGCUUACAGUACAUGGAAAUACCUCUCAAAACACGAAAUGGCAUCUGCUCCCCACUAUUUGAAGCAUCGGCCAGAGAGGUCAGGUCCGCGAUACAAACACACCAUCAUAAGUUGUUUAUGCUUCAGCCCAAACAGACCUGCUUAGCUAUAGGAGGCAAAUGGCAGAGGAAACACUUCUCAUCCUAAUUGUAACCAGAACUGUCAAUUCAGCUAGGGCAGUGUAAACAUCUCGCUGUUCAGCUUCCACAUGGACACCCAGUUCAGCAGUAGGUGGAAAGCGGCGGAGGAAAUGGCGGCAUAAUAUGCACUGUAAAUAACCUUUCUUUAGGAAAUACAAUUCAGAGGUUUUCACUCUUUGUUGACUGGAUCAGAGAGGGUUCCUCUCGGCCUUUUUUUUCUACUUGCUUUCUAUUUUAUUAUUGAAAAGAAUAAAUCUAUACAGUAUAAUAAAGAAAUUUCUGAAAAAUCUAUGAAGAAAUUAUCAUUUUUUGAACACUGUAGAAAUCACAGUUCACUUGCCUUCAGCUUUUGAAUCAUACCUGCUCAGGGUGUCAUGAACACCAAGUCUGUGCGUUAGCAGAGACGGCGUGUGAGCACCAAAAACUAAAAGCCGAAUGAAGUGUAGGUCGUCACUUUCCUGUCCUCUAAACACCUGCAGGGUGCAUUUCUUAGUAAAUUGAAUGUCCAGACAACUAAUUUGACUGUACGCUCCGAGGACAGCCUCUCUUGUGAGUUCGGCUUAGUUCUUCACUGCCGCCUGUAGCACUGACAGUGAGGCCUACAUGUGUGUACAGUAUGGGGCUGAGUGGGCCAGUGCUGCUGUGCUUGUAACCUACACACCCAUCACAAAUGGCGUUCUGCGUGUCCCUAGCAAGAAUCUGCCAUUUCCUUACACCUUGCCAUUGAUUUGCUUUAUCACAAUAGUGAAAUGAGCCAUAUCAGAAAAGACCUGUAGUUGAGAUCUCUGACCGUACCCAAAUGUUGGCUCAGUCCUCAUCCUGAGAGUUCAUCAUUGCAAUGGUUUCAUUUUAUCAACCGUGAUAUUUGUAAUUUAUUUUUUAAGCUGAUCUUUCUGUACUGUAAAGCAGUGCAAUGUUAUGGGUGGGGGAGAACCAUUCCUUUUAAGGUUUUUAUGUUUGUAUAUUUCUAUAUAGUUUUAAUUUACUUUCAAUAUAAUUCAUUAUGGAUAAAAUAAGAUUUUUCUUCUAUCUCUUUAUGUAUGAGUAUAUGUUUAUGUAUUUUGCUUUAAUUUUUACUUAAUGUUUCAAUCUUAAUAAACUCCUCAAGGCAAUUUGGAAA